AGAGAAUAUUGUAUGCCAAGCUGUCUAAGUGUAAGUUUUGGAUGGAAGAAGUUGUUAUGGAAUAUUUUCUUCAGUUCUGGAAUAUUUUCUUCAGUUCUCUCUUCAUGGGGUGCUGCUUCAGUGCCCAAAUCAAAGCUGAGAGCCCUCCACGCAACGGUUUGAGCUCAAAGGAUGGUAACACAGAAGAGGAUGGCUUAAGCGGCAAGAUCUCCACUCCCUCCGUGCCUCCAACACCAAGGACAGAGGGUGAGAUCUUGAAGUCCUCAAAUAUGAAAAGCUUCACCUUUGUUCAGCUAAAAACUGCUACAAGGAACUUUCGUCCAGAUAGUGUGGUGGGUGAAGGGGGGUUUGGUCGUGUUUUUAAGGGGUGGAUUGAUGAGCAAUCACUUGCACCAGUUAGACCAGGGACUGGAUUGGUCAUUGCUGUGAAGAUGCUUAACCAAGAAGGUCUGCAGGGACACAGUGAAUGGUUGACAGAAAUCAACUACCUGGGGCAGCUGCAUCAUCCUAAUCUUGUGAAACUGAUUGGUUACUGCUUAGAGGAUCACCAAAGGCUUUUGGUGUAUGAGUUUUUGACAAAGGGAAGUUUGGAUAAUCAUUUAUUUAGGAGAGGUUCUUACUUUCAACCACUUUCUUGGAACAUCCGAAUGAAGGUUGCUCUUGAUGCUGCUAAGGGUCUUGCAUAUCUUCAUAGCGAUGAAGCAAAAGUGAUAUAUCGAGACUUCAAAGCUUCUAAUAUCUUACUUGAUUCGAAUUACAAUGCAAAACUUUCUGAUUUUGGCUUGGCAAAGGAUGGACCAGCAGGUGAUGAAAGCCAUGUCUCUACAAGGGUAAUGGGCACUUAUGGCUAUGCUGCUCCUGAAUAUAUUGCCACAGGUCACUUGACAAAGAAGAGUGAUGUCUACAGUUUUGGGGUUGUUCUGCUUGAAAUCAUGUCUGGCAAACGUGCCCUUGACAGCAACAGGCCAAGUGGGGAGCACAAUUUAAUUGAAUGGGCCAAACCAUACCUCAGCAACAAACGCAGGAUCUUCCAAGUCAUGGAUGCUCGCAUCGAAGGCCAAUACUCGACGCGCGAAGCCAUGAAAGUAGCCAACCUUGCCAUUCAAUGCCUCUCUGUGGAGCCAAGAUUUAGACCAAAAAUGGAUGAAGUGGUGAGAGCAUUGGAGGAACUUCAGGAUUCUAGUGAAAAAACUGUUGCAGGGGUGGGAAGCCAUCGUCAUCAUCAAACUGGGAGGAGUGAUCAUAGCUCAAGAAGCAGUGGCUACAGACAACAUAGAGGUAAACAACAUGAAACAACAAAGAAGUGAAAGUGCAUGUUGGUUUCAAGUUAUCUGAUUGCUGGAGUUCGUAAUUGUACGUGUAUGUAUAUCAUGAUGAACUUCCACUUAAACUUGUCUUAAGAUUUCUAAUUGUUGUACAGUUGUUGAUUCAGUAAUAAUAUUCAAAUUUUCAUA